CAGAGACCUCACUCUCAAAUAAGAAAAAACAUCGUAUAUGAUAGUCAUUUGAGUUAGAAAUGGCUUCUCUCAAGUUGAUUUUCAGCCUUCUGGCAGUGGCUUUACUCUCAUGCUCUCAGCCUCAGGCUUUCCCUGGUUCCAGUUUUGGUCGAGCCGCUGGAGGUUACACAGGUCUUACCCCGGAUUUCUACCGGUUUUCAUGUCCACAAGCUAAUGAAAUCAUAAUGUCUGUACUGGAAAAUGCCAUUACCAAAGAUCCAAGAAUGGCUGCCUCUUUGCUCAGACUCCACUUUCACGACUGCUUUGUUCAGGGCUGCGAUGCAUCAGUAUUACUAGAUGAUAGCACGGCAACAAGGAGCGAGAAGAACUCAGGGCCAAACAAAAACUCCCUCAGGGGAUUUGAAGUGAUUGAUGAAAUCAAAGCUAAACUGGAGCAGGUCUGCCCUCACACUGUUUCUUGUGCAGACAUUCUUGCUCUUGCUGCCAGAGAUUCUACUGUCCUAAGUGGUGGCCCUCAUUGGGAAGUGCCGUUAGGGAGAAGGGAUUCAAGAACAGCAAGUCUGAGUCAAUACUCAUAACAAAGUUCAGGGCCCAAGGCCUUGAUGUAGAAGACCUCGUUGCUCUCUCUGGAGGGCACACCAUAGGAGCAGCAAGAUGUGUGACAUUUAGACAGAGGCUGUACAAUCAGAACGGGAACAAUCAACCAGACGUCACGCUUGAGAAAAACUACUACAAUGGCCUAAAAGUAGCCUGUCCUAAAGUCGGCGGUGACAAUAAUAUUUCACCUCUUGAUGUUUCAUCUCCGGUGAGAUUUGACAACACAUACUUCAAGCUGUUGUUAUGGGGCAAAGGUCUUCUCAGUUCAGACGAAGUUUUGUUCACCGGAAAUGUUGGGAAGACCGUCGAACUGGUGAGAAGCUAUGCAGAAAGUGAGGCUUUAUUCUUCCACCAGUUUGCAAAGUCUAUGGUUAAGAUGGGGAACAUUAGUCCUCUCAUUGGCUCCAAAGGCGAAAUUAGGAAGAAUUGCCGCAAAGUGAACUGAACUGAACUGAGAAUACAUAGCUCAGUGCCUCAGUCAUUGUCUAUGUGAAGUCAGCUUCCUUUAUAUGCACGCUUCUUCUGUUAAUGUUCUAAAGAUGUUCUUUCUCUUGGGAGGGAAGUAGAGAAGUUCUGUCAUUUAUGUAUGCAAUUACCAAUAUUUUUCAAUAUGACUAAUCAGUAAUUCUCUGUUA